ACAGUCAGAGGGGGGGAACGAGUGGCCCCUGGGGCGCGAUCGCCCAGGGGCCACAUAGCAAAAGCCUGGCACGUUCAUUCUACGUGCCAGGCUUUCCCCGCAGUCCCUCUCCCCUUCCUCCACUUCCCCUCUGCUCUCUGCCCCCCCUCUCUGCACCACCUACUCUCACGAUCGUCUGCAGCUGCUGUGUGAUGUCUCUCCUGGUCUGUCUUCAAUCUUCAGCCCAGGCUUGCUAUGCAGCCUCUGCUGUGGGCUAUCUAACUGGGAGGCCAGGAGUAUGUCUUGUUGUCUCUGGACCAGGCCUCAUCAAUGCAUUAAGUGGAAUGGCAAAUUCUAACAUGAACUGCUGGCCACUCAUUGUGUUGGCAGGAUCAUCCGAUACCAAUCAGGAGACAAUGGGAGCUUUUCAGGAAUUCCCACAGGUUGAAACAAGCCGGCUAUACAGCAAGUUUUCUGCAAGACCCAGUAGUUUGGAGGCUAUUCCAGUUGUCAUUGAAAAGGCUGUAAGAAGCAGCAUCUAUGGCCGACCUGGUUCCUGCUACGUGGAUAUUCCAGGAGACUUUGUAAACAAAAUGGUUAACAGGAGUGAUGUGAGGUACACUGAAUGCUGUUUGCCACCCCCCACCAGCCUAGCAGAUCCCACCGCUGUACACAAAGCAGUGCUGGAGCUAAAGAAUGCGCAACAGCCUCUUGUCAUAGUAGGAAAAGGUGCUGCCUUUUCACGUGCAGAAAGAAGCAUAAGUAAAUUGGUGCAAGAUUGUGGGCUACCAUUCUUACCUACUCCAAUGGGCAAGGGAGUUGUGCCAGAUAACCACCCAAACUGCGUGGCAGCAGCCAGAUCCAGUGCACUACAGAAUGCUGAUGUUAUACUGCUGCUGGGAGCCAGACUCAACUGGAUUUUGCACUUUGGACUUCCACCAAGGUUUCGACCAGAUGUUAAGAUAAUUCAGAUUGAUAUAUGUGCAGAAGAGCUUGGCAAUAAUGUGAAACCAGCUGCAAGCCUUUUGGGAGAUAUUGAUGCUGUGACACAGCAGCUUUUAGAGAACCUCAGUGAAACAUCUUGGAAGUAUCCAGCCAGUGCUGAGUGGUGGAAAAUCCUUCGGGCAAAAAUAAGAUCCAAUGAGGAAAACUCUAAGGUUUUGGCAUCACAGACAUCACUUCCUAUGAACUAUUACACUGUGUUUAAGUAUGUGAAGGACGCACUUCCUAGUAACUGUAUCAUUGUGAGUGAAGGAGCCAAUACAAUGGACAUUGGCCGCACUGUACUGCCGAACUACCAUCCACGACACAGGUUAGAUGCUGGCACAUUUGGAACCAUGGGAGUUGGACUAGGAUUUGCCAUAGCAGCAGCGAUGAUAACCAAAGAUGAAUGUCCUGAACAGCGUGUGGUUUGUAUUGAGGGAGACAGUGCUUUUGGUUUCUCUGGCAUGGAAGCUGAAACAAUGUGCAGGUAUAAACUACCAAUUAUAAUCAUUGUUGUUAAUAACAAUGGCAUUUACAAUGGAUUUGAUGAGGGCACAUGGAAUGAAAUGAUGGAGUCUGGGGACCCUGCAACCAUGGCCCCUCCUGUGGCACUAAUGCCAAAUGCUCACUAUGAACAGGUUAUGAAGGCCUUUGGUGGCAAAGGAUACUUUGCUCGUACCCCUGAAGAGUUGCAGAAUGCUUUGAAAUCCAGCUUUGCAGAAAAGGCUGUUCCUUCAUUGAUCAAUGUUAUGAUAGAUCCAGUUUCAGACAGGAAAAAACAGGAGUUCCACUGGCUGACCCGGUCCAACCUGUGAUUGCUUUCCUUUUAUGAAAUUGCACUUAGUAUUCAUGCCUUUUUGUUUUAUUUGAAGGUAGUACAUUCUAUUAAUUACCGAUAAAUGAAAAUACUAAAAAGUAUUUUUAUAAUAGAAAAGAAUGCUUCCAAACAGAAAAUAGAACACUUCUGUGUAAAUAGUAGUAUAAAUUAACAAACCAAAAAUAUUUUUUUAAAUGAUUUCACCUAAUAAAUUUCGAGCCUAAUACAGCGUUUGGGUGCAAAAUAAAGACAUAAUGUUUCACUAAAUUUAGUGCUCAUUUAUUUGUUUUCUUAUAAGAUAAUUAUUCCUUCACUAGGGCAGUUAACUUGAACUUGAAAAAGGGCUUUGCCCGAAACAUGUAACAAUGCACCAAUAAAUACUAAUUGCAGCAAA